AUGUCACCAAGACUUCAAAUCUCAGCCAGUGAGCCACCAAGAUUAUUGGAUAAUGCAUCAGAAUCUUCAGAUUCUUCAGAUUCGUCAGAUUCCGAAUUAUCUGUGUUCUUAGACAUGUCGUCCCCUCAAAAGUGCCCUCCAAGCGUAUCGCCUCCUUCAAAAAGGCGUCCCAUUCAAGGAAUCCCUGCUAGGAGACAUGAUUUUAGAAUGGUACCACCAAGAACAAUAAGGUUCCGAUCGAAAAGUUUGGAAUGCUCCAUUUCCAAAAAAUGCCAACCAACUCUUGCUCGUUGUCAAUCGCAGUGUAGUUUGAAUGAUAUCGACAAGUAUGCCAGGCGCCGUGUGGAAAACACGAUUCAGAAGUACGACGAGUUGUUUGAUUUGAUGGAAACACCUGAUGCUCGGAGUGCUCGACAAGACCAAAUACGCGCUGAACUUCUCGAUUCUCGGAUGUUUGAAUCUGACGGCAUCAGUGAUUUUGGUAUACGCAAAAAGUGUGGUCUCAUCACUUCAAUUCUUGAAUGUGGCAAUACCAAUGACGAGAAACAUGAAAUGGUGGCUGCAUUACGUCGUUACCAACUAAUUGUCGGCGCUGCAACGAAAAAUAGUUUUCAAAGUUUUCGUGGAGGUCCGAAGUAUGAUGGAAACGUGAUAUCUUUGGUGAUGAACGAGUACCAUAGGUAUCUCGAUUACGUGAAACAACAAUUGGACGUUGCUCAACAAAUUAUGACAAUAUUUUUGAAAGAUACGAAAAAACUGGUGAACUCCUGUGCAACGCUGCAACUUUACUCAACUCACGAAAAGAUUUUCAAUGUGAACUUGUUUCUUUUCGAACAUUUACUCCACCUGAUCUCUCAACACACGUUCAAUCCAUUGGCAAUCUACUAUGCUGACAAAAAUCAAGAUGUCAGCCACAUUCGAAAAUCUUUGGAUACGCUGAAAAUGAAGGUUCCGCUGGUUAUGAAUGCACUCUUUAACACUGAACCAUUGAAAAGACAACUUCGCGAGAUAUCACAGCUUGAAGUUCAUCACGACACGCAAACUAUGCUUAAUUUAGCCCGGGAGCUUAGUCGAAUUGCAAUUGAAAGAGUUCGCAUUCCACAAACUGUCAGAGAAAAUAAAUUGAAUAACUUUUCGUGGAUAAACGCUCAAUGUCGAUAUCAUGACACUGUCGAUUUGAUGAGGAUCUAUCCAACUCCCCCGUCUCGCGUAAAAGAAUUACUCGGAAACCUUUUCAAAACACAAUUUUUUGCCGAUGUUGUCAUUGCAAUACCCAGCAAAUCCAUUGAUGUCAAAAUGAAAGCUUUUUACCAUCACCAAGUUGUCACGGAAGUCACCGAAGCCAUCAAAACACAUGCGGUGAUUUCAAAUCCACGUUAUCAAAAUUCGAUAUUAGACAGUGCCCUUCAAUUGAAUUUACUCUACAGUACCCUAGGAAAAAAUGAGGAUGUGCAACUUCUAAUCCAGCCCGCACUCAUCGGAAUCACAUUUGCUUGUCUAGAAGAAAAAAUCUGUGUAUCACUGGUGAAGGAAGAUGAAUUCAUAAGUUCCAGUACACAUCCUCAACCAUCUCCAAUUCUGAAAGAAAACGAGAUAAGAAAGGAGGCAAACGCUGAAAAUCUGAAAUUCUCAAUGAUUGUCGAUAACGAUACCAAUGGCUUGAGUAUUGCAUUCCACUCUCAAUUGAAUCCGAAUUGCUACGAUCGUGCUCCGUUUGGAUUCCUCCCGGCUAGACCUCAAGGGUCAUCAACAUUGUGGAAAUUCGUUUUGGAUACAGUAAUCAACCCGAAUUUCAACGUGUUGAGCAGAUUAUUGAGACAACAGACGUCAAUGUCAUCAAAAACAAACCUGGGUCGUGUUGAACAACCAGGACUAAAUGCCGUUGAACGAGAAGAAGUCAAUACGGAGGCAUUGGUUGUACCAUCAAGGAAACCGUGGGAGAAACGACCGCGUCCUGUUUGGUCAUGCAAAAUCAAAAAUAAGAUCUCGUUGUAA